CUCCAAAAUAAACUCGAAGAAAUGUCGUCGUUGUCAAAGGGGGGAUUAAUCAGAUCAAACGCGACCUUUGUUUUGACGUAAAGCACUUUAAGGAAAAAUAAGACAGUAAAAAAGUUCCUUUAGUGCUUGUAAGCGGAACCAGAUAUCGAGAGUUCAGCGAUCCUCCCGGAAGUGUUUAACGCAGAAUAAACACAGUGCAUGGUGUGAAAUUACUUCAAAGAAAUCUGUGGGAUUAUGUUCAAAAAUACAUUCCAGAGUGGAUUUCUGUCCAUUCUCUACAGCAUCGGUAGUAAACCUCUUCAGAUAUGGGACAAAAAGGUCAGAAAUGGACACAUAAAACGCAUCACAGACAAUGACAUUCAGUCUUUAGUGCUUGAAGUGGAGGGGACCAAUGUGAGCACCACGUACAUCACAUGUCCAGCCGACCCAAAGAAGACCCUCGGCAUCAAACUCCCGUUCCUCGUCAUGAUCAUCAAGAAUCUCAAGAAGUAUUUCACAUUCGAAGUUCAGGUUCUGGAUGAUAAGAAUGUCCGACGGCGAUUCCGGGCGAGUAACUAUCAGAGCACAACACGUGUUAAGCCCUUCAUCUGUACGAUGCCCAUGAGACUGGACGACGGCUGGAAUCAGAUCCAGUUCAACCUGUCAGAUUUCACGCGGCGAGCGUACGGCACCAAUUACAUCGAGACUCUGCGAGUGCAGAUUCAUGCAAACUGUCGCAUAAGAAGAGUUUACUUCUCUGACCGGCUGUACUCUGAAGACGAGCUCCCGGCUGAAUUUAAACUCUAUUUACCAGUACAAAACAAAGCAAAGCAGUGACACGAUGGAUUCCCUCGCCACGCCCCCCCCCAGUUUCAUUAAAGUGUUGUUUUGGAUCUGUUUGACUAGUUUCAAUCUUUGUUGUCUGCUGAAUAAAUAUUUUAUAUGCACAAUGUAAAACUCAAGAGUCUUAAUGUUUC